UGAAAGUCACAGAGACAAAAUGGGAUGUCACUGGCUUUCAUCAUGUUUCGGUGGAAAGAAAAGAGCUAAAGGUUCGGAGGGACGUCAGUAUGAAUGUUCUUGUACUCCGAGCGCCAUCUCGUUUAUAGCUGAACGUGCUCGUGAAAGGGUUGUAUCUGAAGCUGAUAUAGAAUGUAUUCAUCAACGUGGUGACAAUGGAAAUAAUGCUGAGACUACUAUAGAAGAUUGCUUAAGAUGUUCUGACGUUGAGAUCGGGAUUUCCCAAGUCAGUUGGGAUCCCAGUGAUUGCAAGAAUAUCAAAGACGAUCAAUCAUACGGUGUAUCCAUGUGUACUGAUUACGUUGACGGUUAUAAACGAACAAGUGUUGGUUCUCAACAAACGAAGGAUAUAAAUGUGACAGAAAAUAAAACCGCGGUUAGCGAAGACUCAACUACAGUAGUUUUCAGCUCCAAACAUACGUGUAUUAAUUUAGGUGCUAAUUCAAAAAAAUGUUCAUUCAGAAAAUCAGUUGAAGAACAGUUCUAUCAUGAACUCUUACUAAAAGCACAACUUGAAUUUUCACAAAGUGAACUUGAAGACAUUCAAAAUGGAGUCGAAGAAAUUGUUUGGAAAAUUUUGCACAUAUUUGACUCCAAAUCAAUCGGCGCGACAUUUUCGCGGGUAAUUCAAACGGGGAGCUACUAUGACAACACUAAAACAUGUCAGCCAGAUGAGUUUGAUUUUCUAGCGGUGAUGGAAGACAUAUCGGGACAACAGUUUCUGACAAAAAGAAAAUGCGUUGAUAGACCAGGGUACUGUCAUCUUGAGGCAAAAGAUAAAACUGCACUUUCAGAUCACAGUUUUGAUAGCUCUUGGCAACUAAAGCAUAGUUCAUUUCGAGCGUUUUUCUUAAACCUAGUACAUACUAUAAUGCGGGAAACAGUCAAUGGCGAAAUAAUCGACAAAACAAGUGGAACUCUGACGGUCAUAAAUUAUGCUGUGGCCGUCAACGGCCCUCAAUGCACGUUGCGGCUCAAAUGGAAAUCCAGGAGUAAGGACAGGACUUUGUCCAUAUCAGUUGACAUUUGCCCCGCCGUUGAGGUCAGUGACGUCAGCGAGCUCGUCCACGAAAACGAAGUAGCAGACAAAUCGCUUUACACAGAAAUGAUAAAAGCAGAUAAAUGUCACCUUAUUCCAAGACCGGUGAAAAGCUGUCAGUUCUGUUUUAAACUUGUUUUCGCAAAAGCAGAUAGAGAGACCAUCAUGGAUCUCAGUGCCAGUCACAAGAACUGUUUGAUGAUCUUGAAAUAUCUGGCGUCGCAUGUCAAGAAAGCGAAGCCGCGUUUGAGAAAGUUCUUUAACUCAUUUGCGCUAAAGAUGGCUGUUUUGCACCAUAGCUUCGAAUGUGAGAGCGAAAGAAAGAUGGACCACAUAUCACAAAUGGGCGGUUGUUUUAUGGCAGUGUUGGAUGUUUUGCUGAAAGGACUAGUGAAACAACCGCCAUGCAUGCCCAGUGUUUUCAUCACAGGACAUAACGUUUGGAACAGUACCAGUCUAAGACCAAAACAGGACACACAUAUUGUGAUGGAAUCAGUGCGCAUAUUGGAAGACUUCAAAGAGUUCUUCUACCAACUGGCGUCAUGUGAUUCUGACUUAGAAACACUGCAUUGUAGGUUGAUUGGAAUUUGCAUUAAAUAAUAUACUGUAACAGUUACUAUAAACGCAAAGCACAAUUUCUGAAGUUCUUUUUUGUCAUGAUGUGUUUUUCCCAAGCGUCGAAUCUAAAAACAGAAGCACAUACUAAACUACAUAUAUUUACCAUGUUCUGUCAUUUGGCCAUAUAGUACUUAUCAGUGUAUGGUACUUGGGUGAGUUCAUGCGUAGAAGAAUGUUUGUUUCCAAUUUCUCUGCCAACACAUAAUUAUAGGGUUCGUGGGUUUUUUCUUUGUACGGUAGGGGUAAAAAAUAAUGUUUUUCUCCAAUUUCACUGCCAAAACAUAUCGGGAAGAUCGGAUUUGUUGUUUUCUUUAUAUCGAAUGAAGAUCGUCGCGAUUUGGUAUGUACAUUUACUACGUUUGUCGGGUUGGCGCAGUGGAUAGCGGACUAGUCUGGUUCCCUGAUUACUGAUAUUUCAUACAGUACCGAUAACGAUGGCAGACUCGCUUCUCACAAUGGCGUUCCGGGCUGAGAACAUUUCAGUUUGGUUAGUGGCCACCAACCAGACAAGAGCUGACCAACCAUCGUGGUACAUGUUUAAGUUGUCUUACUAGCUUUUAAACUGGGGUUAAAGGAGCCUAUAUGGGCCCCAAAAUAGGUUCCAAAAUAGCCAAAAGGUUUGAACAAAGUAACUGCUCUGUGUUUGUGUGCGCUGUAACGUUGGGAGUAGUUUAUGGUUGCGCAGGAGCGUUUCUUGGAAGCGUCGCCAUCUCUCUUCUUAUACUAAAGAUAUUCCAUUUGAAUCAAACAUAAUUGCUAUUGUUUUGGGAACCUUUGUCGACUAUUCCAUUGCUUAUGCUCACUACCAUACUGUCCAUGUGCCUUUUUAAAUGCAGAAGAUGAAUAAGAAACGAAUUGGCGGAGAACGCUUAGGUCUUAAACGAGAGGAAACUUUCAUCGGGUCCCCUGUUCUCUAAAUCUCGCUUGUUUUUAGCCAGAGUGCUGUGACUCGCUUCAGAUAUGUGCGUAGUACAUUUAUGAGGUUUGUCCGGUUUAAGCAUUGGAUAGCGAACUCUCUUCUCACCAAGGUGUUUCGGGCUGAGCGCAUGUCAGUUUGGUUAGUGGCGACCAAAAAGUGGAUUUCCAGUGGAUACUCCGUUCCCACCACAACACAAGACCACACUUUUGCGUAAAAUCGGUUCAUAAAAGGUUGUUUAAACUUAGAGAAAAGUAACUACAAAACUGACCAAAUCAUGUUGUGAGCGAAAGGUUAUGCCCAAUGAAUAAUACUUAACCUAACGUGUUUCAUAGGCAAACCGUUCUCGCGGCUAUCAUGCGUUCUCUGUACAGCGUUAUAAACACUGACGUAUCAUUAAUUCGUUCUUGUCUAGUCUGUGUGCAAUUUUUAAUUAGUCAUUUCUGU